AUGGCUGAGACGUACACGCCUAACGUUAUCUUGAUCACAGGAGCUGCGGGAUUCAUCGCCUCUCAUGUCGCCAACAGGAUUGUUCGGAGCCACCCGCAGUACCGAGUGGUGGUUCUGGAUAAGCUUGAUUAUUGCUCAAAUCUCAGGAAUUUGGAUCCAUCGAUGCGUUCGCCCAACUUCAAGUUCGUGAAGGGCGACAUCGCUAGCGCUGAUCUUGUGAACUAUCUUCUCCUGACCGAGGGGAUCGACACUGUUAUGCACUUUGCAGCUCAGACCCAUGUGGACAACUCGUUCGGUAACAGCUUCGAGUUCACCAAGAAUAAUAUUUAUGGCACUCACGUGCUCCUCGAGGCGUGCAAGCAGGCGGGAACCAUCAAACGCUUCAUCCACGUCAGCACGGACGAAGUCUACGGCGAAACUAGCGCUGACGCUCUCGUGGGCAACAGCGAGGGUUCCCGCCUGCUCCCGACCAACCCGUACUCUGCCACCAAGGCUGGAGCUGAGAUGCUGGUCAUGGCGUACAGCCAGUCGUACGGCCUCCCGUGCAUCACAACGCGCGGCAACAAUGUCUUCGGCCCGUACCAGUUCCCGGAGAAGAUGAUUCCCAAGUUCAUGCUGCUCGCCAUGCAAGGCAAGCCUUUGCCCAUUCACGGCGAUGGAUCCAACGUGCGGAGCUAUCUGUACUGCGAGGACGUGGCGGAGGCCUUCGAUGUCGUCCUGCACAAGGGAGCCGUGGGUCAAGUGUACAACAUUGGGACUUUGAGGGAAAGGCGAGUUAUUGAUGUGGCCCACGACAUUUGCAAGAUGCUGAACCUUGACCCCGAGAAGUACAUUGAAUUCGUCGAGAACCGGCCUUUCAAUGACUUCCGGUACUUCCUCAACGACCAAAAGCUUAAAGCGCUCGGCUGGGAUGAGCGGACUUCCUGGGAAGACGGUUUGAGGAAGACGUUCGAUUGGUACAAACAGAAUCUCGACUAUUGGGGUGAUGUGUCGGGGGCUUUGCUUCCUCAUCCUCGCAUGCUCUCGUCAUACAGCAUGGAGAAACCGACGCCCCCUGCGGAGCAGUUCAUGGAGGUUCCUUCGCCGUCGGUGGUGAAGGGCAAGCCGCCUCUGAAGUUCUUGAUCUAUGGUCGAACUGGCUGGAUCGGCGGGUUGCUGGGCAAGCUUUGUGAGGAGAGGGGCAUCGCGUACGAGUAUGGUACUGGCCGGCUGGAGGAUCGACGCUCUAUCGAGGAGGACAUUCUGCGGAUUCAGCCCACACACAUUUUCAACGCUGCUGGUGUCACUGGUCGGCCGAAUGUGGAUUGGUGCGAGUCGCACCAGGUGGAAACCCUCCGAGCAAACGUCAUUGGUGUGCUCACGCUUUGCGAUGUUGCAAGGAACCAUGACUUGCUGGUGAUGAACUACGCAACUGGUUGCAUCUUUGAGUACGAUGACAAGCACCCUCUUGGCACAGGGAUUGGCUUCACAGAAGAGGAAAGCGCCAACUUCUUUGGUUCUUACUACUCCAGAACCAAGGGCAUGGUUGAAGAGAUGCUCAAGGCGUAUGACAACGUCUGUGUGCUUAGAGUUCGCAUGCCAAUCUCAUCCGACCUGUCUAACCCGCGAAAUUUCAUCACCAAGAUCUCCCGCUAUCAGAAGGUUGUGGACAUCCCGAACUCCAUGACAGUUUUGGACGAGCUGCUGCCCAUUUCCAUCGAGAUGGCGAAGAGGGGUCUUCGUGGUAUCUACAACUUCACCAACCCUGGAGUGAUCAGCCAUAAUCAGAUCCUUGAGCUGUACCGGGAUUACAUCGAUCCCAACUUCAAGUGGCAAAACUUCACCCUGGAGGAGCAGGCUAAGGUUAUUGUUGCUGCAAGGAGCAACAACGAGCUGGAUGCCUCGAAGCUGAAGGCAGAGUUUCCAGAGAUGCUUGACAUUAGCGUCGCCGCGCCACUACUGAUAGGAUUGCUGCUCACAGCAUGUGUAGCACUUGGCAUGGCGGAUUCAGGUCUCGUGCGCGACCCGAGCUUUGAGCAGGUGGAGCAAUCAAAGGACUGGCACCUAUGGUCGUUCGCGCAUCCCAUCUGCCAAACAUCCUCUUCCUCGCUCGCCGCCUCUGCCACAUCUCGUCUCGACAUCCGGCCCCCGUCCUCCGACGCGCCUCCGGCGUACGACGGCAGCUGCGUGCUGCAGCUCGGCGGCUGCGACAAACCUGAUCGCUGCUUAUGGGGCGCGGCGGAGCAGUCUAUCCCCACGGAACCCGGCCGCCGGUACCGCCUGAGCUUCUUUUUCGCGCGUCGGCAACCGCUGCAGCGCGCGCUGCUCAUGCAGGUCUCUUUCGGCGGCGCCAACGCCACCUUCUCCUCCGCCGAUGCCGCGCGCGUGGAUGCGAACGGCUACGCGCAGGGCACGCUGGAGGUCAGCGCGAGCGGAGACGCGACGGCGGUCGUGUUCACAGUGCUCUCGGCGGAGAACAGCACGAUCGUCGAUUCCGUGUCCGUUGAGCCCAUCGACGGCGCAGACGCGGCGGCAGCGGCCGGCGGCCUCUUCUCCGUGUUCGCUUCGGGCGAUGCGUCCUCCUCGUCGUCGUCUUCCUCCCCGUCGCCGCUCUCUCUAGUCGUGAUAAUCGCCGUGCCAGUGGCCGUCGUGGCCGCCAUCCUCAUCGCGAUCUUCGUCAUGUACAAGCGCCGGACCGCUCCGGCCGGCAAGGAGCUGGCGUUCGAGGGCGGAAUCGACUCCGCCGCCGUGCCGUCCACGCCGUCCUCCAAGUCCAAGUGCGUGCGCUUCACCUUCGACGAGCUCCGCCGGGCCACCAGCGGCUUCAACGUGCUGCGCCGCCUCGCCGCGCCCUCCAACACCAGCGGAGCCUACGGCGCGGUGUUCCGCGCGGAGGCCCCCGGCGGGCUGGAGUGGGCGGUGAAGCGCUUCCACCGCUUCAACUGGGGCGCGGCGGGCGAAUCCGAGCCGUCGUUCGUGGACGAGGUGGAGGCGAUCGCGCGGCGGUCGCACCGCAACAUCGUGGGCAUCGUCGGGUUCUGCUGCGCGGGGAGCGAGAGACUCGUGGUGUACCAUCUCAUGCCGCACGGGUCGCUGCGCGAUAACCUCCUCACCGCCGGCAACUCCCCGAUGCCGCUGCAGCAGCGCGUGCGCGUGGCGAUCGGCGUGGCGGAGGGACUGGCGUGGAUGCACUCGCAGCGCCCCAGGCUGCUGCACCGCAACCUCAAGCCGUCCAACAUCAUGCUCACCGCCGACGGCCAGCCCAAGAUCGCGGACUUCUGCUUCGUGCACCACGGCGAGGGCGCGCAGCUGAACGCCGUGCCGCAGGCGCUCAACGAGGAGGGCUACCGCGACCCCGCCACGCCGCUGCUCGCGCCGUCCGCGCUCACCCCGCAACACACGGACGUGUACAGCUUCGGUGUGAUUCUUCUGGAGCUCAUCACGGGGCGGCGGGCUGUGGUGCCUGAUCCCGACGACGCAGACAGCAGACUGCGCAUCACGGAAUGGGCGGUGCACUACGUGCACGAGGGCGAUGUGCACCUCAUUGCGGAUCCACGUGUCUUCUCGCGCGCAUUCGCUGGUGCGUUCCAGCUGCUGGGGCAGAUCGCAGCGGACUGUGUGCAGGAGGUGGUGGAGCAGCGGCCCAGCAUGCGCGACGUGCGCGAGAGAUUGCUGGCUGUUGAGGUGGAGCAUUUCGGGGAUAAUAAAGGCAUGAGCUCGGGCGUUGUGGUGGCCGGGUUGACUGAAGUUCGGGUUGAUGAUGGCCGAAAAGAAUGA